GCCCGCCUCGGCCCGCGGGGGGGGGGGGGGGGCGGCCGCGCCCGGGGCCCGCCUCCCGGCCGGCGCCUCCCCCUCGGGCUGCCCCGAGCCCGCCUGCGCCCGCCUGCGCCCGCCUGCGCCCGCCUGCCGAGCUCCCGGCCCGCUGGCCGCCCCGGCCCGGCCCCGCCGCGCGGUUCAGCGCGUCCGCGGCUUUGCCGAGCGGGUUGGGUGACGUCGGGGCCUCCCGAAGACGACCCGCUUCGCGGGUUUGUUUGUUUUUUUCCCCCUUUCCAAAAUGGCAGCCUCCAGCCGCGCACAAGUGUUAGAUCUGUACCGGGCGAUGCUGAGAGAGAGCAAGCAUUUCGGCGCCUACAACUACAGAACUUAUGCUGUCAGGAGAAUAAGAGAUGCCUUCAGAGAAAAUAAGAAUGUAAAGGAUCCUGCAGAAAUUCAGGCCCUAGUGAAUAAAGCCAAAAGAGACCUUGGAAUAAUUCGUCGACAGGGUCUCACUGAUGUCCUCCACUCUUUACUCAAGUCCAGUCCACAUCGGCCAAAUGUAUUCGACUGACAAGCUGAUCAUUGAGAAUCAAGAGAAGCCUAGGACCUAGGGAGCCGGGGCCAGCCGCCACGGGCAGCGGAGGGCUGCCUUCAGCAUCCAUCCUGCGCUUGGUCGGCUCCCCACGGACCGCAGGUGGCCUCCUCCAACGAUAGCCUCUCGCUCCGCCUGCCCUCGAGGAGCUGAUAAACUGAGUCCAGUGUCCAUUCUUUGGCAGCCUUAGUGAAAAGGGUGGCUGUGUCUCCUUGAUUCAGGUGUUAGAAUGAAGAAGUGGCGCUCACUCGGAACACUGCUGUGUAUUGUCGCGUCUCCUCUCCUCUGUAUCUCUCCACCACUUGUAUAGAGCGCCUCCGCCCUCUGUUUCUUGGUUGACAAUAAACAGAAUUGUCCCCCUGA